AUGAUCACUGUACCUUCCGCGCUGACUAUCUUUUGCUGGAUCGCGCUUGAGUAUUUCGAAGGCUCUCUAUUUGGCGCGCUGAAAGAAGCCUAUGUGCUCCGUCUUUCGUUCGUGAAGCAGUACGCCCCCUCCGCCGACUUGAGGGUCACCAUCGCCUACUUUAUCUGGGUGCUCUUCCAAGCUGCCCUAUACACAGUCCUUCCUGGCAGAAGUACUGGUCAAUUGACGGCUGGUGGCAAGUUGCUUACCUACCGCACUAAUGGUUUCCAGGCCUGGAUCAUCACCGUCCUGGUUUUUGUUCUCGCCGCCCUGUUUGGAGCUAUCGACCUAUCCAUCAUCGCGCAUCACUGGGGGAACCUCAUCGUCAUCUUCAAUAUCUACGGCUACGCUCUGUCAAUCAUCGCCUACCUGAAGGCUCACUAUGCCCCUUCGCAUAUCGAGGAUCUCACCUUUAGCGGAUCUGUUCUCUACGAUUUUCUCAUGGGCAUCGAGUUCAAUCCUCGGUUUGGUCAGGAUUGGGAUUGGAAGUUGUUCCACAAUGGCCGACCUGGUAUCAUUGGAUGGACCUUGAUCGAUCUUGCAUACGCUGCGCUCCAGCACCAGACGCAUGGCUAUAUCACGAAUUCGAUGGUCAUGGUCAACAUGUUCCACGCCAUCUACGUCGUCGACUUCUUCCUCAACGAGGACUGGUACCUUCGAACCAUCGACAUCUGCCACGAUCACUUUGGCUUCUACCUCGCAUGGGGCUCCGCCGUCUGGCUGCCGACCAUGUACACUCUCCAAGCACAGUAUCUAGCUCGAAAUCCAGUCCACCUCUCGCCCUUCGCCGCGGCCGCCAUCAUGAUGCUCAGUCUCAGCGGUUACGCCUUGUUCCGUUCUGUAAACGCGCAGAAGGACCGCGUCCGCCGCAGUAACGGCGACUGCAACAUCUGGGGCAGGAAGGCCGAGGUAAUGCGCUGCUCUUUUAAGACAGCGGACGGAAACAACCACGACACUCUUCUCCUAAUUUCGGGUUGGUGGGGCCAUGCUCGCCACGUCAACUACGUAGGCGAUCUAAUGCUGUCAUGCUCCAUGUGUGCGCUAUGCGGCAUAAGAGAUCUCCUCCCCUGGACUUAUCUCAUCUUCAUGGCAUGCAUUCUCGUCCAUCGCUGUUACCGCGACGAGAAACGCUGUCGCAUUAAGUAUGGAGCCGCGUGGGACCAAUAUUGCUCCCUCGUUCCAUGGAGGAUGAUCCCCGGUGUUUGGUAG